GCCAUCCUUUGUGUCAUGUCGGGUAUUUUCAAACUCUUGAAACAGCAUUAGCAGAAGAAGUUCGAGAUAGGAUUCCGUCGUGGAACUAACACGACUUCACAGUCCAAUCAAUCCCCAAGCACGAGCAAGCACAGGCAACAUGGCUUCCGCAGCAGACAAGAAGAAGGCCGCAGAGGACCACAAAAAGAAGCAAGAAUUUGUGGAAGCCUGUUACGAUGGGGAGAUGCAAACCGUAGCGACGAUGAUCGACCAGCAUCUUCCACUUCUCCUCGAAUGCACAGACGAUGAACGAUCUACACCCUUAGGAGCAGCAGCCAAUGGCCAACAACUCGAGGGCUGCAAGCUGCUGAUACAAAAGCUAGCGGACGUAAACAAUGUCUCCGACUUAAACAGAACGCCACUGUUUAGAGCUGCAUCCGUCGGCGCGGACGACAUCGUUGAACUACUCCUCGACUCGGGGGCGGAUCCCUGGAUGCAGGAUCAAUCUGGUGAACUGCCAAUCCAGGUAGCUCCAGAGGGAUAUAAAUGCGAAAAAAUGGUGGAGCAGUGGACCUACGACAAGGAGUGCGCAGAAGAAGCGAAGAAAAAAGUGAAGGAGAGGUAAAAAAACUACACUACGGGGUAGAAGACGCGUAUAUCAUUUCACAGAAGAACAAUCUUGAAGUGAAAACUAGAAACUUUUAGUCGUGUAACUCGAUGAUCCCACUUGUGAUCAAAAGUACAAGCAGUCACAGUUCCAUUCGAAGAUGACGAGAAGCCUAGAGCAAAAUAUGCAACUUUGAUUACAACAUCAGAACAGAAGCAGUUUCUGGCGCGAAGCAAGCACGCAGGGAAGCGCAUAUGGCAGCUAACAAAGAUGCGAUAGAGGAGUGUGUCGCAAAAAUGAAGAAAGAAGAGAAAAAAGUUGCGGAAUUCAAAAGCGCCUCUUUUGCCGCGUACGGAACGUGGCUCAAACACAUAUGGCCGGGUGCGAAUACAGGUGACUAAAGUGAUGCCUUGAUGGAAAAUGGCCAUUGGAUUGAACAAGUAGAUGAUAUCGUUCAUUUGUUUGCUCCUGUUGGUCGGUGAAUCUAAUUAAUGAAUCCAAUGACAAAAACAAUAGCUGCAUUAUCUUCGCUCAAGAAGAAUCUCGCCAACAGGUGAAGGAUCGAUGAGUAAUGCGGACGACCCCGAUACGAUAGCUCUACUGUUCGAAGUCGAGAAAGCAAAGAAGGAGUUGCUCAAUGCGUGUUCAACGCUAAAAUCCUGGCAAAAGCAGUUUGACGCAUCCAUUGAUGGAUGA